CUCUCAAUCCUCUCUCUCGUUUCUUUCCCCCAUAGAGCAUGAUCCAGAGAAAAAUCACACCAAUUCUGCUCACUCCCCUCAAUUCGAUCAUUUUCUCUUUCACUGUCGUCAUCCUUGCAUCGCCGUUAGACGCCAGUACCACCCAGAAAACGACCUGCAUUUCCAUCCUCUCCUUCGAUCUUUUGCCUACUUCCUCUCGCACUUCUCCAUCCAAUCCCCAUCGCUUUCCCUUCUGGUAGUAAGGAAAGAAGGACGGCGGCUGCGGAAGAACUAACGCCGAUGGACGCCGGCGACGAGGACGAUGCAAAAGAUCGGGCGUGUCGCAAGGGAGGAUGGGGUCAUUGGAGACAGGGAUAGGAAACCGUCGGCGACAGAGGCGAAGACUCUCUGGCCGCCGCGAUGACGAGUCCAAUGGAGAUAGCGG